AUGGGAUGUUCAAAAGAAGAAGAAGACAAAUGCUUCCUUUUUGAGAUGGAUUUCCUUGAGUCAGAACUAAAUAAACCAACCAACUUAUCCUCUUCUUCUUCUUCUUCACAACCUCCUUGCAGCUCAUUUCAUCUUUCUUUGCAGGAAAUUCUUAGCAAGUCAUCACAUGGUGAGACAGAGGUGUUUGAGAAAAUCUUGUUUUAUUUGAAAGAAAGUGGAAAUAAAAGUGGGAAAAUGUUUAACCUUAAUAAAUGGAUUAUUAUGAGGUUGAAAAUGGACAACUAUGAAGCUUCUCUUUGUGAGACCUCUUGGAUCUCCACUUCUGGUCAGCCCACAGGUGUGUACGAAUAUAUAGACGUGAUGAUGAAUGAUAAGGACCAAAGUCUGAGAAGGUUGAUUGUGGAUAUGGAUUUCAAGUCACAAUUUAUUUUGGCAAGACAGACCCAAGUCUACUCUGACCUUAUCAAUGCUUUGCCAAGUAUAUUUGUUGGAACAGAGGAGAAGCUCAACUCUAUAAUAUGUUUGAUAUGUAAAGCAGCCAAACAAUGCCUUCAAGAAAAGGGUCUCCACAUCCCUCCAUGGAGAAAAGCAGGAUACAUGCAGUCCAAAUGGCUAUCUCAUAAUUGCAAAAAGGUUCCUUUUUCACCCUUGGAGAACCACAUGCAAGGUCAUGUCUGA